AUAACUUCCGGUCACUUCCUGCCGUGCUCCGUUUAGCUUCACGUUGGUCGAAAGUAGCCCCAGACAGUGCGUGCAGGCGGGCAGGCACAUUGGAGGAACCGAGAGGAGAGGGUAUCCUGGCAGCAGCAGCAGGAGGAGGAGGAGAACCUGUUCGCCAACUUCACACAGCUUUCACUGCGCUGCUUUACGAGCACGAGCUCCACACUCCGACACAAAUUCUCACUUGAUUCAAAAAGUUAACGUUUUUCUACCGAGAAGGUGAGGAUCAUCAUCAGUGCCUGAGUGUGAGAAGUUAACGCUAACGAUGUCUGGAUCCUACAGCAAAAGUUUGUACCCGUUCAGCGGGGAGCAGCACCAGCAGGGACUGAGCUUCGAGGCCGGUGAGAUUAUUAAGGUGGUGCAGGCUCUGCCCGGAGGCUGGUGGGAGGGAGAGAAGGAUGGUGCCAGAGGAUGGUUCCCCUCAAGCUACGUCCAGGUCCUGGAGAGAACAGCAUCUCUAAGUCAACUUCCUGUGGAGGACUUUAGAGACACCUUACCUCCACACUGGAGAUGCUACAUGUCUCCACAAGGGCGGCGAUACUAUGUCAACACCACAAACAAUGAGACGACAUGGGAGAGACCCUCUAGUGUACCAGGGACCCCGAAAACCUCAAUCCGACACAAGAAUUCCCUGCCUGCAGUAAAUGGAUUUCAUUCAGGUGGCAGUCCCUUGCAUCAUGUAGAGCAUUCACACAACAGUCUGGUGAGGAAGAGCAGUACAGAGCCACAGAGUCCGGGAUCAACAUCGCUCACCAGGAAACAGAACAAGGAAACCACAGUCACGAUUAACUGCGUCACGUUCCCGUUGCCUGAGUGCAUGGCGGAGCAGCAGCUGUUGAAACCAAACGAAUGGAGCUACUGUGACUAUUUCUGGACUGAUAAGAAGGAUCUCCAAGGCAAUGGCUACAUCACAGGAUUUGAGGUUUUGUUGCAGAAACAGCUGAAGGGGAAACAGAUGCAGAAAGAGAUGUCUGAAUUCAUAAGAGAAAGAAUAAAGAUAGAAGAGGAGUACGCCAAGAAUCUCUCCAGGCUCUCUCAGAUCCCUCUAGCAGGCCAGGAAGAAGGGACUCUGGGGGACGCUUGGGCCCAGCUGAAAAAGAGCCUGGCAGACGAAGCUGAAGUUCACCUAAAGUUCUCCUCAAAACUCCAUAGUGAAGUGGAAAAGCCUUUGCUGGCCUUCAGGGAGAACUUUAAGAAGGACAUGAAGAGGUUUGACCAUCACAUCGCAGACCUACGGAAGCAGCUGGUUGGGCGCUACGCAGCAGUGGAGAAGGCCCGUAAAGCUCUGGCCGACAGACAAAAAGAACUGGAGUUGAAGACUCAGCAGUUGGAGAUCAAACUCAGCAACAAGAUUGAAGAAGACAUCAAGAAGGCCCGUAGGAAAUCCACACAAGCAGGAGAUGAUCUGAUGCGCUGUGUCGACCUUUAUAACCAGUCCCAGUCCAAAUGGUUUGAGGAGAUAGUCACCACAAGUCUGGAGCUGGAGCGGUUGGAGGUGGAGCGGGUGGAGAUGAUCAGACAGCAUCUUUGCCAGUACACCACCCUUCGGCAUGAGACAGACAUGUUCAAUCAAAGUACAAUGGAGCCAGUGGACCAGCUGCUGCAGUGUGUGGACCCAGCCAAAGACAGAGAGCUGUGGGUGCAAGAGAACAAGACUGGAGACAUCAGGCCGGUGGACAUAGAGAUCUGACCUCAGCAUUGUGUGACAGCUCAACACACACACACACAUACACACACUGACCCAGAGGUAACAUGCCUGAGGACUGACAGGGAGAUGUACCCCACCCCACCCACACAUGCCGAUCCAUGUCUGAAUCCUAACAGACUGAGUGAGAAGCAGUCACUGGCUCUUCACCUGCUGAGGAUGAGGUUGGUAUUUGGGAAUUUAGUAAGAACCCUAAGGGAUGAAUAAAGAUGUCAGAUAGUGAAGCAUCAUAAUUUUCUUUUAUGCAAAUUGAUAGCCAACUAAAAGAGCACAGGAAAAUGGGAACCAAGUGUGAAUUAUUUACUAAAGGACACUCAGGUGGGAUGAAUGAAGAUGCACCAACAAUGAACAUUUAACAUGUAUAAAUGUUGAAUAGCUUUAUGUCAUGCAGCAGUGUAAAGCUGCGCUCUCUGUGCUUUUGCUGUGAGGCAUUUUUCUGAUUCACUUGUGUUUUAAUACGUGACUUCAGAACUACAAGUUGUUGGCAGAAAUGAUUUAACAGAUGCUGCUAAGCUCAGUGCAUUCAGACCUAUAUUUACUGUGUACCACAAUAAGGCUCAUGUAUUUCUAUACUAACAUCUACCAUGUGCAUGUGUUGACUGUUCGCUAAGCCCCAUCUUUACUUAGGCUAUAUGAAAGUAAAGAAACAGCAGUGUUUGUGUAUUGUAGGACAGUUAGCUGUAGUCCUGAACCUGCAGGCCCGCACAACGUUGACAUCCAAAUAGCCUGUUGCCCUAUAUACACUGUUUAAACACGUUGAGUAAUUCAGAGACUGAAGGCCUGCUGUGCUGGGGUUUACCGAAUAGUCAAUUUCUGAUUAACGUCACAAAUCUGGCCACAUUUCUCAGCAUCUCUUUAAAAAAAUCCAAUUUAUAGCUUGAGGAGUUUAAUCUCCACCUGUGUUUAACUUCAUUCUAAUGAGUUAAAAAUCGGCCAAAUGCACUUUAUACCUGGGUGAUUUUUAAUAAAUAUACUGCAAGUUGCUGUUCAUUUAAAAAACAAAAUUUUAUUACAAAUAGAAGUCAAUGUUUUUGGUUAAGUUCUGGGGGAACCUGGUGUAAAUAUAUGAGAUGUGAUUUGCUAUGAAAGAAGGCAGUAGAUUGAAGGAUGUAAAUACACAGACAUGAUACACAGGCAUUUGGUACUGAUAAUGUAUGAAAGCUACAAAGUGUUUUAGAAAUGACAGCGCUCCUGUGAUAUUCUGUAGUUUUGGAAAUACAAGUCAGUUGCCUCAGAUUCGGUGCUUUUGCCUGCAGAAGCUAAAUGUUGUACAAAAUGAUUUGUCCAGUAUUACUGCUUAGUAUUACUUGACCACAGAGAAGGUGAUGGAGAUGGUUUUUGUACUUUAACAGCUAAAAGUUGGCAUUUUUCAUUAAUAAAAUGAAAAGAUGUAUCA